AAUGCACGAAAAUAGGUGAAUCCUCCCGUGUAAUCACAAGCGGCCGGGUCUUGAUUUUUAAAGGCGCUAAGGCCUGUCUGACAGGCAACAGCCUUAGCUGCCUGAGCUCGGAGGAGGACUCGCAGAGUUCUGCUUGCUCCCGCUUCAUUAAUUUGCCACCGUUGACAAAGGUGUCGUGACAUAUUGAGUGUCAUGAAUAAAAAUGAUACAAGCACGCACUUCUCAGAGGCCUACUACGCUGUCCCAUCUUCCUCGCCUCACUCUGAAGACGUUGGGAAUGUAGAGCCGAGAGCCUCGCCCACUGAGCAGAAUCGCAGCAUAGUUCCCAGCGCCAAUAAAGCACUGGUCGAUAUUACUCUGUCACCGCCCCGUGGGGAAGACGAGAAAAGCACCGUGGUCGUGCGGAGCGAAAAUGAAAUUGUUCCGACGGACAUCAAGGCAACGAGCAGUAGCAGCAGUCUUAGCACGUCCGGCACCCCACCAUGCCACGUCCUUGGAAGGCGGAGCUCGCGACACAGUGGGUACACCCUUGCCCUCCUGGCUGCCAUCAUGGGCAACGUCCUCGAGUUCUACGAUUUCAGUGUCUACGCUUUUUUCGCACCCGAGAUUGGGCAGCUAUUCUUUUCCAGUGGCUCGGAUACGGUGCGGGCUAUCCAGACCUUCACCGUCUUUGCCGGCGGCUUCUUGAUGCGGCCGGUGGGCUCGGUGGUGCUGGGGGCGGUGGGGGACAAGUACGGGACGGCCGCUGCCCUCAAGUGGUCGAUCGGGCUGAUGACGGUGCCGACCAUCGUCACGGGCCUGCUCCCCACCUACUCCAAGAUCGGCCUUGCCGCGCCCCUCCUCCUCACACUCUGCCGGCUCCUCCAAGGCCUUUCGGUGGGGGGUGAGCUGAUCGGCGCCCUCCUGCACACGGCCGACCACUCCCCAGCCGAGCACCGCGGCUUCUUCUGCGGCUUGGUGGCGGUCUUCGGGAGCAUGGGUAACCUGGUGGGUUCCCUGGUGAGUGUGCUGAUGCGACACGCUCUCUCCAAGCAGGAGCUGCUCUCCUGGGGCUGGCGCAUCCCCUUCUUGGCUGGCUCGGUGCUGGGCCUGGUGGGGAUCUUCCUACGGACCAAGACCGGCGCCCUGAAGCAUGGCGGGGAGGCGGGCAGGCGGCCGACGAGGGAGGAACGGGUCCUGAUCGAGAUGGUGGAGUGCCCGAUAGCGGUGGAGGAGGAAACGGUGGCUGCCUACCGGGAAGCGGCGCGAAUGGAGGAGGAGGAGGAGGAGGAGGAAGGGGAACAGCGAGGGAAAGAGGGAGAGGCCGGGGCCGUGGCAGCGCGCCCCUCCCACCCACGGUCCUUUUGUGGGAUCAUGCGAGAGGCGGCGGCGGGGGACAAGCCGCGCUUCAUACGCGUGGUCGUCCUGGCUGCCCUCAACAACUCUCUCUUUUACUUCAACUUUGUCUGGCUCGGCACCUAUAUGGCGGAGCUCGCGCCCAACCCCCUGGGGGCGGCGCAAGCCUUCAGUGUCACGUGCGUGGCCCAAGCCGUUUUCAUCUUUGGAAAUCCAUUUUGGGGGGCCAUGGGGGACUGGGGGGGCGGGCUGGCGAAGCGCCUCCGCUGGAACAUCGUGGGCGUGGUCCUAAGCUGCUUCCUCCCUCCCUGCCUCUUCCUCCUCCUCCGCUCCGGACGCGCCUCCCUGAGCUUUUUAUUCGCCGCCCUCACCGGUCUCUUGAUGGGCUUCACCGUCUCAGGAAAUUACUACGCCUGGGUCUGCGAGAGCCUGAAUGAAUCCCCCUCUCGGGUUCUCACCACCUCGGUUGCCUACAACGUCGGGGCCGUCGUGGGCGGAUGCACCCCAAUGCUGGCGAGUGCCCUUUCUGCGAGUCCAAUAUUCCUCGCGCCCAUCUUGCCUUUGUCGGCGGUGGCAGCGGCGGUGGCGGUGGUGCUGGGCCGGUACGAAUGGGGUGAAUACGUGAAGAGAAAGACGGAGGGCGGGAAGGGGGGGCGGGAGGAGUUCUUGGCCCUGCGCGUGGAGGAGGGGAAGGAGGGGAAGGGGAAAAUGGCGAAAGCGGAAGUCAAAGCAAGGGGGGAGGAGCCUGCGGACACCAGCUAAAGGAGAGGAAGGGAUGCGGAGGACUCUGUCUCGAGCCAUCCCUUUGAAGGAGUGGGGGGCCAGGGAGCGCGAAGAGAAAACGAGCAGCCGCAUGGUCGACUUGUGUUGAAUAGAGAAAAGAGUGGGGAUCUCUGGGAGCAGGGGAGCUUCAAAGGCAAGAUCCAGAGUUAGAGACGGGGGAAAAGAGAAGAGACGUUGUAGAGGCAAGCGAAAGUGUGCGGUAGGAUUCGAGCAUUGUGAGAUCUCGCACAGGACCUUGAUACCUGAGAGGAAGGGUCUGGAUCUUUGAAGAGCAUGGAAGAGGAUGGAGAGACGAGACGGACUGAGAGCCCGACGGACCGUGGAUGGAGUCACGGAACGCCCGCCAAGGAUUUUUGACUGUCGUCGAUGGAUGUAGGAGUACAUCUACUUGCACAGGACUCGAAGCUUAGGCUGUGUUGAAUGCAUUUCUGCACAUAUCGGGUAUUUAUUACGUGUGGUGGUGAAAGGAUCCAAAGCGUCAAUCUUAACGCGGUAAAACGAACCAAAUUGAUCUGGAAAUAAGAA